GACCCGGGAACCGAAAGCGGCUCUGGCUGCUGGGAAGGCGGAAGCCUCGGCGGUGGGUGUGCCGCAGGAGGCGGGCGGGGUGAGCCCAGCGAAAGGCAGCCGCGCUGGCUUGUCAGCCCCGAGCGAUGCGCCUGGCUCUGGGGAGCAGCGCGGCGCUCCGUCUGCCGCCCGCCUAAACGCCGGCUCGGGGACGGCCUGGCCAGGCGCAGCGCCCUCCUUCUCCCCCCUUCUGCAGCCAGCCCCCUCUUGCCUGCCUGCCCGCCAUGGGCGCGGAGCAAAGCACCGAUGCGGACAGCCGGCCUCACGAGCCCAGCGUGUCGGCAUCCCCUUCACCAGCCAAGCAACGAGCCAAAAUGGAUGACAUUGUUGUGGUGGCCCAAGGGACUCAGUCAUCACGCAAUGUCAGCAACGACCCAGAAGUCAUCAAGCUGCAGGAAAUCCCAACAUUCCAACCUCUUCUGAAAGGUCUACUCAGUGGGCAGACAUCUCCGGCCAACAUUAAACUGGAGAAACUGGAUUCACAGCAAGUUCUGCAGCUCUGUCUCCGGUACCAAGACCACCUUCACCAGUGUGCAGAAGCAGUGACCUUUGACCAGAAUGCUUUAGUCAAGCGAAUCAAAGAGAUGGAUCUUUCGGUAGAAACUCUGUACAGUUUAAUGCAGGAGCGCCAGAAAAGGUACGCCAAGUAUGCGGAGCAGAUCCAGAAGGUCAACGAGAUGUCUGCCAUCCUCCGGCGCAUCCAGAUGGGCAUCGACCAGACGGUCCCCCUGAUGGAGCGGCUCAACAGCCUGCUGCCCGAGAGCGAAAGACUGGAACCCUUCAGCAUGAAACCUGAGCGGGAACUCAAGCUGUAGUCCUCUGCUUGCCACCUUUUCAUGGAGCCUCCUUGAAGGUCCAAGGCAUUACUUCUUCACCAAAGCUCUGUGGUCAGAAGAGAGAACCUGGCCUGCAGAAUGGUAAUUUCAAACUGGAAAUAAAGCACCUUGUGGAGCAUUA